GUCAGAUAAAGCCAGGGCAGGUAGCACUACAGAUAACCAGAUGGUGGGAGCUACCAAAGGAAUCUAGGCUGUCUGGGCCAUGACUUCAGAAGACCUAGGGAUGUUUGAGGUAAAGGAGGGAUGCAGAAGAUUAGGUGUCAACAGAAUAGAAAGGAUCUUGGUCUAGACGAUGGGGAUGGAGAAGAGGAUCUUGGAGAAGUCUUCAGGUGUCCUCACUUCAGCACAUUCGCCGAUGAGCUCACUGACUAUGUGACAAAGAACAUUCUGUCCACACCAAUCAUGAAUGGUAAAGAUGUUGUGGCUGUGAUUAUGGCAGUGAAUAAACUGGAUGGCCCAUGCUUCACAAGUGAAGAUGAAGAUGUUUUCACAAAGUACCUGAAUUUUGCUACAUUAAACCUGAAGAUCUAUCAUCUAAGCUACCUCCACAACUGUGAGACGCGCAGAGGCCAGGUGCUUCUCUGGUCAGCCAAUAAGGUAUUUGAAGAGCUGACAGACAUCGAAAGGCAGUUCCACAAGGCCUUCUACACUGUCCGGGCCUAUCUAAACUGUGACCGGUACUCAGUGGGCCUCCUGGACAUGACCAAGGAGAAGGAAUUCUUUGAUGUGUGGCCUGUGCUGAUGGGGGAAGCCCAGCCAUACUCAGGCCCACGAACACCCGAUGGCCGGGAAAUUGUCUUCUACAAAGUCAUUGAUUAUAUCCUCCAUGGCAAGGAAGACAUCAAAGUCAUUCCGACACCCCCAGCUGAUCACUGGGCCUUGGCCAGUGGCCUUCCAACCUAUGUGGCAGAAAGUGGCUUUAUCUGUAACAUCAUGAAUGCUUCAGCUGAUGAAAUGUUCAGCUUUCAGGAGGGGCCCCUGGACGACUCAGGAUGGGUGAUCAAGAAUGUCCUCUCCAUGCCCAUUGUCAACAAGAAAGAAGAGAUUGUGGGAGUGGCAACCUUCUACAAUAGGAAGGAUGGAAAGCCCUUCGAUGAUCAGGAUGAAGUCCUUAUGGAGUCUCUGACACAGUUCCUGGGAUGGUCAGUGCUGAACACAGACACCUAUGACAAGAUGAACAAGCUGGAAAACCGUAAGGACAUCGCCCAGGACAUGGUUCUGUAUCAUGUACGAUGCAACAAAGACGAAAUCCAGGAAAUCUUGCCAACAAGGGAUCGCCUUGGGAAAGAGCCUGCUGACUGUGAGGAGGAUGAGCUGGGGAAAAUCUUGAAGGAAGAGCUUCCAGGGCCAACCAAGUUUGACAUCUAUGAAUUCCACUUCUCUGAUCUGGAGUGUACAGAGCUGGAGCUAGUCAAAUGUGGCAUCCAGAUGUACUAUGAGCUGGGUGUAGUCCGAAAGUUCCAGAUUCCUCAGGAGGUCCUGGUGCGCUUCCUAUUCUCUGUCAGCAAAGCAUAUCGAAGAAUCACCUACCACAACUGGCGCCAUGGCUUCAAUGUAGCCCAAACCAUGUUUACACUACUCAUGACAGGCAAACUGAAGAGCUAUUACACGGACCUAGAGGCCUUCGCCAUGGUUACAGCUGGCUUGUGCCACGACAUCGACCACCGUGGCACCAACAACCUGUACCAGAUGAAAUCCCAGAAUCCUCUAGCCAAGUUACAUGGCUCCUCAAUUCUGGAAAGGCACCACCUGGAAUUUGGGAAGUUUCUCUUGGCAGAGGAGAGCCUGAACAUCUACCAGAACCUGAACCGGCGGCAGCAUGAACAUGUGAUCCACCUCAUGGACAUUGCCAUCAUUGCCACUGACCUGGCCCUCUACUUCAAGAAGAGAACAAUGUUCCAGAAGAUUGUGGAUGAGUCUAAGAACUAUGAAGAUAAGAAGAGUUGGGUUGAGUACUUGUCCCUAGAGACCACAAGAAAGGAGAUAGUCAUGGCCAUGAUGAUGACUGCAUGUGACCUGUCUGCUAUCACCAAGCCCUGGGAAGUCCAGAGCAAGGUUGCUCUUCUGGUGGCUGCUGAGUUCUGGGAACAAGGGGACUUAGAGAGGACUGUCUUGGACCAACAGCCCAUUCCCAUGAUGGACCGGAACAAAGCAGCUGAGCUCCCCAAGCUGCAAGUUGGCUUCAUCGACUUUGUAUGUACUUUCGUAUACAAGGAAUUUUCUCGGUUUCACGAAGAGAUCCUGCCUAUGUUUGACCGACUGCAAAAUAACAGAAAGGAGUGGAAAGCACUAGCUGAUGAGUAUGAGGCCAAAGUCAAGGCCCUGGAGGAAGAAAAGAAGGAAGAAGACAGAGUAGCAGCCAAGAAAGUGGGCACAGAAAUUUGCAAUGGUGGUCCAGCACCCAAGUCCUCGACCUGCUGUAUCCUAUAAGCCCUAUCUCAGGGAUUUGGGCCUCUCCUGCUACUCACCCACUGCACAUGGACUCUGCCUAUAGCAGUUUGGUAUAAGACAUUAGGAACAGGGAAAAAAAUGAUCAAACAUAACUUUGGAUAUUUUGAAAUUUUAAAGGUGUUUUUACAAAUUAAAACCAACUAUGAAUAAGUUAAA